AUGGCUAUACCUCAACCACAAGACAGAGCGUGGAUAACUUUUCAGACCAUUGAGACCAAUGAGCAUGGAUACUUCACACCAGUCAAAACGCUGUCAUCAUGCGUGACAUUGCAGGAGGAGAAGAUGAUUAUAAAUAUCAAAAGCGUUGACAGUUGGGAGAAUGGGGAUGAUAAGGAAUCUCCUCCUCAUGAGAUUGCUGAAGAAAAUGAGAUUAGGAAGAGAAUAGAUGCUGUGAGGAUGAUGAUGAGCUCCAUGGAAGAUGGAGAGAUAAGCAUCUCAGCUUAUGACACAGCGUGGGUUGCUCUCGUCAAAGCUAACGAUGGAUCUGAUUCCCCUCAGUUCCCUUCAGCUCUUGAAUGGAUUGCCAACAAUCAGCUUCCUGAUGGUUCAUGGGGCGAUGCUCUUCUGUUCUCUGCCCAUGACAGAAUCCUCAGCACACUGGCUUGUGUUGUCGCGUUGACUUCUUGGAAUCUUCAUCCCGACAAGUGCCACAAAGGAAUGGAAUUUUUCAAUGCAAAUCUGAGCAAGCUUGAGGAUGAGAAUGCUGUGCAUGUGCUAAUCGGCUUUGAAGUUGCUUUUCCUUCACUUCUCGAUAUAGCUCGAAGUUUGAACAUUGAAGUACCCAGCGUUUCUGACUCUCCUUACUUGAAACGCAUCUUCGAAAUGAGAGACCUAAAGCUCAAAAAAAUACCGAGGAAUGUGAUGCACACAGUGCCCACAACGCUGCUCCACAGUUUGGAAGGAAUGCCAAAUUUGGAGUGGGACCAGCUUCUGAAACUCCAAUCCCAAGAUGGCUCAUUCUUGUUCUCCCCAUCUUCUACUGCUUAUGCCCUCAUGCACACCAAGAAUGAAGCUUCUCUCAGAUACUUGGACAGAAUAAUCAAGAGGUUCGAUGGGGGAGUUCCCAAUGUGUAUCCAGUUGAUUUGUUCGAGCACAUUUGGGUGGUUGAUCGGCUGCAACGCCUUGGGAUUUCCAGAUAUUUCCAGGAAGAAAUCAAGGACUCUAUAAACUACGUUUAUAGGCACUGGGAUGAGAUGGGCAUUUGCUGGGCACGAAAUUCAGAGGUCCGCGACAUUGAUGAUACUGCUAUGGGAUUCAGACAACUGAGGUUGCAUGGCCUCCAAGUUUCAGCCAAUGUGUUCAAGAAUUUUGAGAAAAAUGGAGAAUUCGUUUGCUUCGCCGGGCAGUCAACAACAGCCGUGACAGGAAUGUUCAAUCUAUACAGAGCUUCUCAGGUGCUGUUUCCAGGGGAGAAGAUACUUGAGGAUGCCAUGCAAUUCUCAGCUAAUUAUUUAACUCAGAAACGUGCUGAGAAUCAGCUCCUUGAUAAAUGGAUCAUAAUGAAGGAUUUACCUGGCGAGGUGGGUUAUGCGUUGGACAUCCCGUGGUAUGCAAGCUUGCCCAGAUUGGAAACAAGAUUCUACAUUGAUCAGUAUGGCGGUGAAAAUGAUGCCUGGAUUGGCAAGUCCCUUUACAGGAUGCCGUACGUGAACAAUGAGGUUUAUCUUGAACUUGCAAAAUUAGAUUACAACAAUUGUCAGGCUUUGCAUGUUACAGAAUGGGACGAAAUCCAAGGGUGGUAUUCGGAAUAUGGACUGGAGGAGUUUGGAUUAAGCAGAGAAGUUCUUCUCCUUGCUUACUUCGUCACCGCAGCCAGCACGUUUGAGCCUAAGAGAUGUCAGGAGCGACUUGCAUGGGCUAAAACAGCGGUUUUGGCUGAGACAAUCUCGUCCUUCCUUAAGAAUGAAGAAACAAGGAGAGCCUUUGUGCACAGAUUCAAUCUCGGCAUUAAUGGACAAGAUUCUUCAAUACUCAGGGAAUCAAAGGAGAAAAAGGCAGAAGAAAGGCUAGUGGAAGUUUUGCUGGGGACCAUUGACAGCCUCGGUUCGCAGAUGUCCGAGUCUUGUGGUCAUGAAGUCGUCCACGAUUUGCGUCAAGCCUGGCAAAGAUGGAUGUCAAGCUGGGAAAGGGAAGGGAACGGAUCCCAGGAUGAAGCGGAGCUAAUGGUGCAAGUGAUGAAUCUGAGUGCUGGCCGUCGCUUAGAAGAGCUCCGCUUCAAUCCUCACUAUCAAACAUUGAUGGAACUCACCAAUUCUGUUUGCAACCGCCUCCGUCAUUACCAGUCCAACAAGGCUCAUGAUGGUGGAAGCAGCCACUUGGGAACAAACUGCAGAACUACACCUGAAAUUGAAUCAGAAAUGCGAAAGCUUGUUGAAUUGGUGCUUCAAACCGAGGAUCCUCCCAAUACCUUAGAAUCCAAUAUCAACAACACAUUCUUUGUUGUGGCAAGGGCUUACUACUACGCAGCUUACUGUGAUGCAGGCACCAUCAAUUCUCAUCUUGCCAAAGUUCUGUUCCAUAGAGUGAUGUGA